AUGUCGUCGGCAGCACACGAGUAUCCGGAGCUCGAGAACAUUCCACCCGCACCGCCACGCUCUUCAAUGUCUUCGUCCGCAGCUUCUCGACGGUCGCAUCUGGUCCCGCAGUGGGCAGCUGCCGUCUUCUCAACAUUCCCUCUGCAUACCUAUCCAGCGGCAAAAGCACACUCGCCAACCACACCCGCACCACCCUCCAAGCCAACCCUCUACGUCGCACCACACUUGAAGCGAGACGGCACAUUGUCUGCGGUGCAUGCGGAUGACGAUGAGCACGAUACCAACUCGGAUGCCGAAGAUCACCGGUGGGGCGCUUGGUACGAGAAGGAGCAACGGCUGAAACGACAGCCAUCAGGAUGGUCCAGCAGCGACCCCAUCGCCCUUCGAUGGCAGAUGGAGCUACUGUUCCGCUAUGUCGACUUUGACGUGCGCUUCAUCGACCCUUCGCAUAACUGGGGCCCGGCCAAGUCGAUGCCAUUUGUUCAUCUGCCACCUCAUUUUCGUCACAAAGCUGCCUCAUCCUUGCUGCCCGCUACCGAAAUCCCGCAUCUGAUGGACAACUACUACCCGGCUUCUCGACCGGAGCUUGAGAAGAAGGGCGAUUCGUCGUGGCCGGACCAAGCAACCAAACUCGAAGCUCGGACCUGGGAGAAUCUGCUCAAAGGUCGCAUCAUGGCUGGCGUCUUGCUCGCUGUUCUGCUUUCUCCUCAGUCGGCUGUCUACUCCAAGACGGAUUCGCAACCAUACCUCUCAUCGCUCCUAUCCGCGCAACUUCAGAACUCUUUCUUCGAUCAGCAAUUGCGGCGCAUCUCGGCACUCAAUCCGUCGGCCUCCUCCGCAUCCUCCUCCUCUUCUUCGUCAGGCAGUGCAACAUCCUCGGCUCAGCCGACCACGAGUCUUCCAGGGUGGGAAGUGGGUUUCCUCGGUUGGAUUGGCGCCACGACAGCGUCGGCUACUUCCGCUCUCUCCACCGCAGACCUCGAUUCGCGCGGAGGAGGCGACACUCCUGGCGCUGCUCUCGCCAGUCCAUCCGUCAACCAGGACAUAGUCAUUGCAGAUGCUGUUGCUGGUCUGUAUGCGCUCGCUGCUCGAACCAAAGCGCAGCUGACGGAGCAAUCGACAGAGAACCAAUUCCUCUUGGGCGCCAGCAAACCAACCUCCCUGGACGCUUUGGCAUUCAGCGUCAUUCAUACCGUAUUGACACUGGCAGCCACACCUCAGUCACAGGGCAGCAAGGUGAAUGAGCCGCUAACCAGGCUCAAACAGGUGCUCGACGAGAGCUCCUGGCUCGUUCAGUGGUCACGCAGCAUGUGGAAGGCGUACGUCAGGCAUCUCGAUCGAGCCUGA